AGUGGAGGAAUCAUGGCCAAUCAUGGCAAUUCAUGGUGAGAGGACGUCAAAAUUGAUUUGUUGUUGUAUUGAUGGUAUAGUUUAUGCUUAUGUUGUUUGUGGUGAUGUACGUACAUUGGGAAUGGAGUACAUCAUUUCAUGCGACAAUGUGAUUUAAGGAUGUAAGUAGUGAAGAUGUGAUCAAGAAAGUGCGUCGAAUAGAAAUAUAUCAUCGUCGAGCAGUAGCAGUACACAGAGAACGAUGGCGAGUAAAUUGCAGCUGACCAGAUUUCAUCCCUUUCACGGUGACAACAUAAUCCUCUCCGACGAUAACACCGUGGCUUACAGGAAGAAGAGCUUCGCGAACGCGUUAACUUUCAGCGAGAAGCCGCUCCUGCCCGGAGAGAUAUUCCUCAUCGAGAUUGAACAGAUCCAGAGCGGCUGGAGCGGACAUCUCAGAUUGGGGCUGACACAGCUGAAUCCGUACACCGUGUUCCACAAUGGUGACGAUAUACCUAGGUACGCGUUGCCCGAUCUAACGAAGAAGGGGACUUCCUGGAUUUACGGUAUAUCGAAGGCUUGGAAUCACUUUUUGAAUUACGACACUGGAUGGAAGGUGGUGCCAAGCGAAAACAGUAUUAAAACUUGUCGAGGCACUGUGCCCAUCAGUUUGCUGAAACCGACUAAGCAGACUCUGGGCACUCUCCCCACUGAUGCUUUCAGUCGUGUUGGUGUCAUGUACAUUCCGACUAGUGAUCAUGAAGCCAACAUGCAUUAUAUUAUCAAUGGGGAGGAUCAGGGUGCUUGUGUUAAGCACAUCCCGUACACAGAGAUGCCUCUGUACGUCGUUGUAGACGUUUAUGGGACAACCAAGAAAGUCAGGAUAAUACAACUUUAUGGAGUUUCAACAUUGCAAGCGGCAUGCCGUGACGCAAUUCUGCAGCACAUUACAAAGAAUGCAGUCUCUUCUCUACCUUUGCCCAAAGUCCUCAAGGAAUAUUUGCUAUAUCAAUCCUAAACAAGUAUUUCUUACAAUUUGAAGACUGUGACAUUCCUAUCUAUCUCUCUCUACAUAUAAUAAUAAUAAUAUAUACAUUCAUAAAUAAUGAGUUGUUUCCCAAAUUACAUUAUUGUCUUCAUGCCAAA